AUGGAAGGGAAGAUGAUCAAACAGAAGCAAAAACGAGAGAUUAAGAAGAUUGAGAACAAUAGAGAUCUUCUCAUCACUUUCACAAAAAGAAAACGUGACGUUCACAAGAAAGCUAGUGAGUUAUCAACUCUCUGUGGAGCAAAAGUUGAUAUACUUAUGCAUACUUCAUCUGGAAAUUGGUUCAGUUAUGGGGAACCUUCUCACCGAGCCAUGAGAAUCUCUAAUGAGAAUGAAAACCCUACAGAAGAUUUCAUCAACCAGCUUGUGGAGGAUCAAGCCAAAUCAGAGAUGUAUGAACUAUGUGAAAAAAACAAGACACUUGUAGAUCAAAUGCACUAUGAGGAAGAACGAGAGAAAGAACUUAGAGAGAGUCUGAAGACAAGAAAUGCCAGUGGUUGGUGGGAGGCCAAAGAUCUUAAUCGUGAACAAGCCAAAGAAAUGAGGGUUUCUUUGAUGGAACUCAAACAGAAAUUGGAAAAUGAACUUUCUGUCAAGCGUAGAGAGAAAGAGAAUUCUUCUCAUGCUCCCCCUAAUCAAGUGAAUGGAUUCAAUUUUUGCCCUAAUUACACCAGUGGAAGUAGCAUAUCUGAAGUUGUGUUUGGUGCUAAUAAUGAAGCUUGUGUAAUGGCUGCAACUGAAAGUAUUCUUCCUGAUAUAUCUUUUAGUCCCAUAGAAGAAGGGAAAGAGUUCAAAUUUUUUCCAUAUGGUGAACGAAGGGAAGAUCUAUUUGAUAUUGUUUAUCCUCACAAAAAUAUUUAUCAUGGAUACAGUUUUUUUGUUGAUGGUCCAAAAGAUAAUGGUAAAUCUGGUUUUGCUUCAUUUCCUGCAAACCAAAUGCAAGGACUUAACCCUGUUGAUGCAAAUGGAAGAACCACCAGUGCUCAUGUUUUCUCAUCAUUUUCAAAUCAAUCCCGAGGAGAUAACACAUUUCUACCCAAUCCAAAUAAUGAGACUAUUGGAAUAAGAGGUAAUGUUGGUGGAAAUGAUGGUGGUGCUCUCUUUUCCUUCUCCCUUCUAAACCAACAGGAGGAGACUAAUCCGUUUAUGGACAUUGAAAAUGAGCUGAAUGAUGAUUUUUCUUUUCCUCUAUUCAGUGGUUAUGAUGACCAAGGCUGCUUCUAA